GGGGGUUAUUUUACCUGACGCCUCAACUACGAAGAACGCACUUUAACCUCCCAGGACGCAUCGCCAGACUAUCUCUCGCCAUGUCCAUUGUAGCCAGUCGCAGUAGUAGCCUUAGAUACAGCUCAGGUAGCGGUGUCGUUUCGAGUGGCCUCAGUUCGUCCGGUGGGAUGCAGUUUUCCAGCAGUUCGGGAUACGGUAGGUCCCGUAUGAGCAUGUGCUCUGUUGGGAGCAGUCGCUCGCCGAGUGUAUAUGGAGGUGCCGGGGGAUACGGCACCCGUAUCUCUCAAUCUUCUUUCUCUACGGACGGGCCAGGUCAGAUCACUAUCGGUGCCAACGAGAAGCAUACCAUGCAGAAUCUGAACGAUCGUUUGGCCCGCUACCUGGAAAAGGUGCACUCUCUAGAGGCAGCCAAUAGCAAGUUGGACUUGCAGAUCAAAGAGUUCUACGAGAUGAGAUCACCGACUCACAAGGAGGACCUCAGUGGGUUCUAUGCCACCAUCACAGACAUCCGCAACAAGAUCCAUGCCAGGUCUGUGGAGAACGCUCAGAUGAUCCUGCGGGUGGAUAAUGCCAGAGUUGCAGCUGAUGACUUCAAGAUGAAGUUUGAGAUGGAGGUUAACAUGCAUAUGACCUUGGAAGGGGAUGUUGCUCGUCUGAGAGGAGUGCUGGACAGCUUUACGCUCGCCAGAGGAGACCUGGACAUGCAGAUUGAGGGGCUGAAGGAGGAGCUGGUCUACCUCAGGAGGAACCAUGAGGAGGAGAUGCAUUUGAUGAGGACACAGCAGUGUGGUGCUGUGAAUGUGAAGUUGAACUGUGCUUCCUCAGUGGACAUGAGCAAGGUGCUGGAGGAGAUGAGGACCCAGUAUGAGGGCAUGGUGGCGAAGAACCAGAGAGAUGCUGCCAAGUGGUUCGAGAGCAAGGUGGAGGUGCUUCAGAGCCAGAUCACCACCAGCACCACAGAGGUGAAGACCUCUCAGUCUCAGGUGACCGACCUGAAAAGGACCUUCCAGAGCCUGGAGAUUGAACUGCAUGGCCUGCUCACUCAGAAUGGGUACCUGGAGCAGAGCGUCGCUGAUAUAAACGGCCGCCACGGCUCCCAGCUGAGCCAGCUGCAGGUUUGUAUCAACAGCAUGGAGGAGGAGCUGCAGCAGCUCAACGUCAGCAUCCAGCAGCAGGCCUCUGAGUACCAGAUCCUCCUGGACAUCAAGAUGAGGCUGGAGAUGGAGAUCGCUGAGUACAGGAGGCUGCUGGAUGGAGAAGGAUUCAGUAAGCAUGUGGAGGUCAGACAGGAGGUCAGGAAAGUGAUCGUGGUCGAGAAGGUCCAGGAAGUGGUGGAAGAGUAUAACCCCCACAUGCAGAAGAGGGUGAUCGUGGAAGAGAUGGUGGAUGGGAAGGUGGUGUCCACCUCAGUUGAUGAGAAGGUCCAGGAUUUGAACUAACUGAGAAGCCAAAGUGUUCCUGACUGUGCCCCUCGAAAACCUAGCUGCCAUUCACACUUAGAGGAGGGAGUACGAGACUGCAGAGUACGAGAUAGCCCUGAACAUCAGGAUGAGAGCUUGGACACCAACCCCUCCCUGGCCUACACCCUCACAUGAAAUUGUGCCAUUCUGAACUUAAUCCGCAAAGUUACACCAUUUGUUUGUGACUUGAGCCAUUUCUCCUAUCCAGCUGUCUUGUCCCCUCGUUGAAACUCCCGUGCGGACUCGGGAGAGGAGAAGGUCGAGAGCCGUGCGUCCUCCAAAACACAACCCAGCCAAGCCGCACUGCUUCUUGACACAAUGCCUGCUUAACCCGGAAGCCCCCCGCACCAAUAUGCCGGAGGACACAGCGUACACCUGCCGACCAUGUCAGCGUGCAUGCACCCGGCCCGCCACAGGAGUCACCGUUGCACGAUGGGACAAGGACAUUCUGGCUGGC